AUUCCAAAGCUCAUAUCAGCCAGCCCUCCACAAAAGCCCGUAGCUUAUCUUCUCUCUUCCGCUAGACAUCAACGGGGGACACUAAAUCAGACCAAAUCGCUUCUCGCCAUUAUCAAAUUUCUCCCAAAAACUAUAUACAAGAUUGGGUCUUUCGCUUUAUUUUCAUAAUAUUAUCCAAGAUGCUCUUAACUACCAGCAGAUGCCUUACUAAUUUUCGGCUUCAUCGGCUGAUGGGUUUUUUUGAUUCAGUUUCUUAUACUAGUUCUACCAGUACACACGCCAGAGGUAAAAGCAAAUCUUAUUCUUUCGAUAACACUGAUGAUGCUUUGGCUGCUUUCCAGUUAAUGCUUCAUAGUAAUCCCUCACCAUCUAUUCUGGAAUUUAAUAAAUUAUUAUCUGCACUUGUUCGAAUGAAACGUUAUGAGACUGUAAUUUCUCUUUACAAACAGAUGGAAUUUUUGACUAAUUGCUUUUGCCAUCUGGACCGCGUGGAUUUUGGGUUCUCUCUCAUUGGGAAAAUCUUCAAACUUGGUUUUCAGCCUGACAUUAUAACGCUUAAUACCUUGAUUAACGGGCUUUGUAGUGAGGAUAGAUUUGAUGAAGCUGUGGAAUUAUAUGAUGAGAUGAUUGCAAAAGGGUAUCAACCUGAUGUCUAUACCUAUACCGUCAUUGUGAAUGGUCUGUGUAAAAUUGGAAAAACCAAUGUGGCCUUUGGUAUUCUGAAAAGACUGGUCGAGGAAGGUUGUGAACCUGAUGUGGUGUCAUAUAGUGUUAUCAUUGACAGCCUUUGUACAUUGACAGCCUUUGUAAGGAUAGAUUGGUUACUGAGCUUUAUGCUGCUUAACAAAAUGUUGAAAGCGAAAGUCACAGCAAAUUUAAUUACCUUCAGUAUAUUGGUUGAUGGUCUUUGUAAGUGUGGAAGGGUUUCAAAGGCUCAUGGUAUAGUCAAAUUGAUGAUUCAACAAGGAAUAAAGCCCGAUGUAGUGACUUACAGCUCUUUAAUCUAUGGUCUAUGCAAGGCAGGCCGCUGGGAGGAAGUUUCUAUGCUGCUUCAUGAAAUGUUGGAAGCAAACAUCACUCCAAAUUUAAUUACUUUCAAUAUAUUGGUCGAUGGGCUUUGUAAGGAAGGAAGUGUAUCAAAGGCUCAUGGUAUUGUCAAAUGGGUAAAUUAUUAUUUAGUCCCUCAGCUGAAUAAGGGAGGAAUUGGAAUAAAGCCUGAUGUUGUGACUUACAGCUCUUUAAUCUAUGGUCUGUGCAAUUUAGGCCGAUGGGAAGAAGCUUCUAUGCAGCUCAAUGAAAUUUUGGAAGCGAACAUCGCACCAAAUUUAAUUAUGUUCAACAUAUUGGUUGAUGGACUUUGUAAGGAAGGAAGGGUUGCAAAGGCUCAUGGUAUAGUCAAAUGGAUGAUUCAAAGAGGAAUAAAGCCUGAUGUUGCGACUUACAACUCUUUGAUGAAUGGAUGUUGUCUACUCAACAAAAUGGAUCAAGCUAGAAAAAUUUUUGACAUGAUGCUAAGCAAGGGUUGUACACCUGAUGUUGUUACCUAUAGUAUCAUGAUUGACUGUUACUGUAUGAGAAAAAGGAUAGCUGAGGCAAUGAGGCUUCUUGAUGAAAUGCAUCACAAAGGAUUGAUUCCUAACCAUGUCACUUAUAAUUCUCUUAUACAUGGCUUGUGUAAAGCAAAGAGCCCUCAAGCUGCAUAUAAGUUUUUCAAGGACUUAUGUUCUCCAGAUGUGGUAACUUACUCAAUUUUGAUAGAUGGCUUCUGUAAGCAUCAGUGUCUAGAUGUGGCGUUGUCCCUAUUUCAUGAAAUGCAGAAAAACUCAUUGAAGCCUGAUAUAACUGUAUAUAGUGCUCUAAUUGAUGGUAUGUUCGAAGCUGGAAAGCUGAAAGAUGCAAAGGAACUGUUUUCUAGACUUUCUAUAGAAGGGUUGCAGCCUAAUGUGUAUAUAUACACUAUAAUGAUCAAUGGACUUUGUAAAGAAGGACUCCUAGAUGAAGCAUUCAAGGUUUUUAGGAAAAUGGAAGAGAAUGGUUGCUUACCAAAUAUUUGCUCUUAUAAUGUGAUUAUCCAAGGAUAUCUCCGGCACAAUGAUUUGUCCAUGGCAACACAACUUAUUGAUGAAAUGGUUGGCAAGGGUUUUUUUGCAGAUGCCACCACCACAGAGCUUGUAAUAAAUUUAGUUAUGAACAAGCCAGAUGAUCCGCUUGUGCAAAAGCUGCUAAGCUGCUCUAAACAAUCUAAGAUGUAA